CGCAAAACUAACAAUUUUAACUCUGCGAACUAACAAUUUUAACUCUGCGGAUGUCCCUCUCGCCCGUCUUUCUGAGAUAUACGAAAAUGGUAGUCUUUCCCUACCCGCCAAAACCCUUCCACUCCUCCAAGGCUCCAACCCCUAGUUUCUAAUCCUACACAUCGAAUUUCUACUCUCAGACUUCACUUUCUAAGUUCAUUGCUUCCGACGACCUAGGGUUUUAAUCGUUUGAUUCCGCUCCCGUAAGAUGUCGUCUCAGCCGCCCCCUGGUAAAAUCCUCCGGUUAGAGCUUGAGAACUUUAAAUCAUACAGUGGAUUCCAAUCAAUUGGGCCGUUCUACGACUUCACAGCUAUCAUUGGGCCCAAUGGAGCUGGCAAGUCUAACCUCAUGGACGCCAUCAGCUUUGUUCUUGGGGUACGCACUGGCCAGCUCCGUGGCGCGCAGUUGAAGGAUCUUAUAUAUGCUUUUGAUGACCGGGAUAAGGAACAGAGGGGCCGAAAAGCUUUUGUCAGGUUGAUCUAUCAGCUGGCUAAUGGUACUGAAAUUCAGUUUACACGCACUAUUACUAGUGCUGGUGGCAGUGAGUACAGGAUUGAUGGCAAGGUGGCAAACUGGGACGAGUACAACGCCAAAUUGAAGUCCCUUAAUAUACUUGUCAAAGCACGAAACUUUCUUGUGUUUCAGGGUGAUGUGGAGUCAAUUGCAUCUAAAAGUCCAAGAGAGCUUACUCUGUUGCUUGAGCAAAUAUCUGGGUCGGAGGAUUUCAAAAAAAGUUACGAGGAACUAGAAGAGAAAAAGGCUAGAGCAGAAGAAGAAAAGACACUUGCAUACCAGAAGAAGAAAACAAUAACUAUUGAGCGAAAACAGAAGAAGGAACAGAAAGAAGAGGCAGAAAGACAUCUCCGCUUACAAAAGGAGCUGAAAGCUUUGAAGCAAGAGCACUUCUUAUGGAAAUUGUUCAAUAUAGAGAAUGAUAUCACAAAAGCCACCAAGGACCUUGAAGAUGAAGAAAUAAGACGAAGGGAAAUUGUUGAUCAACUGGAAAGGUAUGAAAAGGAAGCAAGUCAAAAGAAGAAACAACUAAGUGGAUACUUGAAAGAAGUUGCAUUGCAUGAAAGAAGGAUUGCUGGCAAUAAGAGUGAACUUGACAAGAAUCAAUCAGAAGUUGUGAAAAAGAAGGAAGAAGCAUCUCGCAUUACUUCAAAAAUUAAAAGCGCCCGUAAAGAACUGGAGAAGAGGCAAGGAGAAAAGAAGAAACAUGCUGAGGAGGUUCAGAGACUUCAGAGAGACCUUGCUGAUAUCACUGAACAACUUGAUGAACUGCGCAAAAAAAGUCACGAUGCUGGUGGGAAACUUCAAUUGGCUGACAAUCAGUUGGAGACAUAUCAUCAAAUCAAGGAGGAAGCUGGAAUGAAAACUGCAAAACUGAGGGAUGAAAAGGACGUCUUAGACAGGAAACAGAACAGUGAUACUGAGGUGCUAAAGAAUUUGGAGGAAAAUUUUCAACAGUUACAAAAUCGAAAGCAAGAGCUGGAGUCACAGGAAAAACAAAUGCAAAGUAGAUUGAAAAAAAUUCUAGAGGCAGUGAAAAAACAGAAGGAAGAAUUAACCUUAGCAAUUAAGGAACAGCGUGAGAUGAGAGAUAAACAUGCAGAUUCCAGGCGCAAAUAUGAUAUGUUGAGGUCAAAAAUUGAUGAUGUAGAUAAUCGGCUGCGCGAACUGAAGGCUGACCGACAUGAAAGCGACAGAGAUACGAGAAUCUCUCAAGCAGUUGAAGCAUUGAAGCGUCUCUUUCCUGGUGUUCAUGGUCGUAUGAUUGAUCUCUGUAAGACGACACAAACAAAAUACAACCUUGCUGUAACUGUCGCAAUGGGCAGAUUUAUGGAUGCAGUCGUAGUUGAAGAUGAGCAUACAGGCAAAGAAUGUAUCAAGUAUUUGAAGGACCAAAAGCUUCCUCCCCAGACAUUUAUACCGCUUAAAUCCGUACGAGUAAAACCGGUAAUGGAGAAGCUACGAACAUUACCUGGAACUGCAAAGCUUGUGUUCGAUGUCAUCCAAUUUGAUCCAGCUUUGGAGAGGGCAAUAGUAUUUGCUGUUGGUAAUACCUUAGUAUGUGAUAAGCUUGAUGAAGCCAAGCGUCUUGGCUGGAACGGUGAAAGAUAUAAGGUUGUUACUAUUGAUGGCAUUCUGCUGACAAAAUCGGGUACAAUGACGGGUGGUACUAGCCCUAGUAUGGAAGUACGCUCUCAUAAAUGGGAUGACAAGAAAGUUGAAGAGCUGAAGAAGAAGAAAGAAGCACUUGAAGCAGAUUUGGAGGAACUUGGUUCAAUUAGAGAGAUGCACCUAAAGGAGUCAGAAGUAUCAGGAAAAAUUAGUGGGCUUGAAAAGCAGAUUCACUAUGCAGAAAUUGAACAGAAAAGUAUUGCUGAUAAACUUACAAACUUGAAUCGUGAAAGGGAGACCAUUGAAAAUGAGAUUAAUCGCCUGAAGCCUGAACUUAAGAAGUUGGAAAGUGUCAUUGGUGAAAGGGCUUCUGAGAUCCUUUCUCGAGAGAAGAGAAUCAAUGACAUUGUUGAUCAUAUCUAUAAAAGAUUCAGUGAGUCUGUUGGCGUAAAGAAUAUUCGUGAGUAUGAGGAGCACCAACUCAAGGCUGUAGAACAGAUGGCCGAGGAAAGGCUUAGACUGCACAAUCAAUUAUCGAAGAUUAAAUCUCAGUUGGAGUAUGAGCAGAAGAGGGACAUGGAUUCAAAGAUUAAAAAGUUGGGAACAACACUUUCCAAGUUGAAGAAUGAUUUGUCAGUUGUCGAGGAGAGUGAGAAGGAACUGACAUCGAAAAUUGAGAUGAUUGACCAGGAAAUUAAGCAUUAUGACGAAGUAGUGAUGGAGUGGAAAUCCAAAGCAGAGGAGUGUGAAAAGGACAUAGAGGUAUGGAAGAAAGAGAUAUCCACUGCAACGACAAACGUUAGCAAACUUAGCCGUCAAAUAAAAUCGAAGGAGGCACAGAUUGAACAGUUAAAUUCAAAGAAACAAGAGAUUUUGAAGAAGUGUGAAUUAGAUGAUAUUAGCAUUCCUACUAUCUCUGAUCCCAUGGAUACGGAGGAGCAAACUCCUGGCCAUGUUUUUGAUUUCAGUAGACUGAGCAGAGCUUGUCAGCAGAUUACUCAACCAUCUGACAGAGAGAAACUUGAAGCAGAUUUUUCACAGAAAAUUUCUACACUUGCGUCAGAUAUUGAAAAAUCUACUCCGAAUCUGAAAGCGUUUGAUCAAUAUGAGGCUCUGCGGCAGAAAGAAGAUGCUGUUACUAAAGAAUUUGAAGAAGCGAAAAAUGAAGAGAAGAAAGUGACUGACGAGUUCAAUAGAAUUAAGAAGACAAGGUAUGAAUUGUUUAUGAAGGCUUUCGAUCAUAUAUCUGGAAAUAUAGACAAAAUUUAUAAACAACUCACCAGGAGCAAUACACACCCCCUUGGUGGAACGGCAUAUCUCAACUUGGAUAACGAGGAUGACCCAUACUUGCAUGGUAUCAAGUACACUGCAAUGCCACCAACAAAGCGCUACCGUGAAAUGGAGCAUCUAUCUGGUGGAGAGAAAACUGUUGCAGCACUUGCAUUGCUCUUUGCUAUCCACAGUUUUAGGCCUUCGCCAUUCUUCAUAUUGGAUGAAGUGGAUGCUGCGUUGGAUAAUUUAAAUGUUGCCAAGGUGGCGAGAUUCAUUAGGUCAAAAUCAUGUGGAAGCGCCCGACUUAACACGGACUCUAAUGAAGGGUAUGGCUUUCAGAGUAUUGUCAUAUCGCUUAAAGAUAGCUUUUAUGACAAGGCUGAAGCAUUGGUGGGUGUUUACAGAGAUGGUGAUAGAAGUUGCUCAAGGACGCUGACAUUUGAUAUGACAAAGUACCGGGAAUAUUAAGGCUGCUUUUUUUUGCUCAACAAUGAAUCGUUGAUGUAUAUACAUUAGAUCAGCUUAUUUGUCAGUAGCAAACAGAGAAAUAGGAACAGAUAUGGAUGGGUUAGUCUCAAUGUUGCUAAUAUUUAUCUGUUGUGCUAAAUUAAGUUUGUGAUGUAUAAUUAUCUUAUAUUUACUACUUGCGCUUAGUAUGAUUGUUAACUGCUCAAGUUUCUAUGAUAUUCGUCCAUCUCAACAGCAAAGAUAUUAAAUAAGUCCCUUGUGACAUUGGAACUGGUCUUGAAGACAAAAGAAUAAAACUUUAGGUCAUUCCG